AUGUCCAACCUCCCCUCAGAGCCCGAGUUUGAGCAGGCCUACAAGGAGCUUUCCUCAACGCUGGAGAAUUCGUCGCUCUUCGAGCAGAAUCCAGAAUACAGGAAAGCGCUGAAGGUUGCCGCAAUCCCGGAGAGGAUCAUUCAAUUCCGUGUCGCCUGGGAAGAUGAUAAGGGCGAGCUCCAAGUCAAUCGUGGCUACCGCGUCCAAUUCAACUCCGCUCUAGGCCCCUACAAAGGUGGUCUCCGGUUCCACCCCACUGUGAACCUCUCGGUCUUGAAGUUUUUGGGCUUCGAGCAGAUUUUCAAGAAUGCGUUGACUGGCUUGAACAUGGGAGGUGGCAAGGGUGGCGCGGAUUUUGAUCCCAAGGGCAAGUCAGAAAACGAGAUUCGACGGUUUUGCCAGGCUUUUAUGUCUGAGCUGGGGAAACACAUCGGCGCGGACACAGAUGUUCCCGCUGGUGACAUCGGUGUUGGCUCAAGAGAAGUCGGCUAUAUGUUCGGACAGUACAAGAAACAGACAAAACUGUGGGAGGGCAUUCUCACUGGAAAAGGAGGCAACUGGGGCGGCUCUCUGAUUCGACCUGAAGCGACCGGCUACGGACUUGUCUAUUAUGUCGACCAUAUGAUUAAAUACGCCUCCGGUGGCGCCGAGUCCUUCUCUGGCAAGAAGGUGGCCAUCUCGGGCUCUGGCAAUGUCGCCCAAUUCGCCGCUCUCAAAGUGAUCGAACUCGGCGGCACGGUCCUCUCUCUCAGCGACAGUAAGGGCUCCAUCAUUGCGACAAGCGACAAGGGCAUCGACGGAGAGCUGAUCGAAGCCAUUGCGAAGCUCAAGCUGGACCGGAAAGCACUGUCCGAGGCUGCCAGUACAUCCGCAUUCAGCGACAAGGUGAAAUACAUGGACGGAGUGCGGCCCUGGCUGCAUGUUGGCAACGUAGAUGUUGCUCUACCAUCGGCUACGCAGAACGAAGUCUCUAAGGAAGAAGCUGAAGGCCUGAUCAAGGCUGGAUGCAAAUACAUCGCGGAAGGAAGCAACAUGGGCUGCACUCAAGAGGCGAUCGAUACCUUCGAGUCUGCACGAGACAGCAAGAGCGAGAAGUGGAUCUGGUACGCGCCUGGUAAGGCCGCGAACGCGGGCGGCGUGGCCGUGUCAGGUCUGGAGAUGGCCCAAAACUCGGCACGCAUCAAGUGGACGGCGGAGGAGGUGGACGAGAAGCUGAAGCAGAUCAUGGAGAACUGUUUCGAGAAUUGCUUACAGACCGCAAAGACGUAUGUUACGCCCAAGGAGGGUGAGUUCCCCAGCUUGGUCGCUGGUGGCAACAUUGCUGGCUUCAGCAAGGUUGCGGCUGCCAUGAAAGACCAGGGUGACUGGUGGUAG